AUGGCAUCGUGUGUCGUGUUCUGCGCAGUUUGUCGUACUGUGAUUGGCCGUUGUAAUCUCGAUAAUAUUCAAUUAUCAAGAACUACCGGGAAACGUUCAGAUGUGAAUGAAAAUCGUGGUAGUCGAGACAGGAAAAUACGGUUCAAAAACAGGCCAUCAUUUCAAAGUCUUUUCCCCGUCAAGCUGCACACUCUCAAUGUGGCACCUUUACUGCACCAGCCGGUUAGCUGUACGCACCGCGGAUGUAACACGUGGUAA